UUUAAAUAUCGUGCAGAACAUGGACCAAGUAGCGCAAAUCCAGGGAAGAGAAAUAAACAACAUCUUCCUACCCAGUACGUUUUGUUCCCUUCAGCCUUUGCUGCCAAAGACAUCCGCGACGUCAUGCCAUGGGUCGUGUCGUUGACAAUCUUCCGUUUAAAUCCGACAUCUACGUCCUCGGCCACUCCGCAGGGGCGAUGAACAUGUUCACUCUUCUCGUUCUCCCAGAACUGUACUCUCCCUCCCUGCAUCGCAGGAUCAAAGGCGCAAUCCUCUUGGCAGGGCCGUACACCUUUGAAGAUAUGCCAGCAGAUAUGAAGGAUGCAACGAGGCUGUAUUGCGGCGAAGACGCAGAAGCGGAGGGAACCUUUCCUUUGGCUUUCUUGAAUUCAGCAAAAGACGACGAAGCUGUUCUGACCCGGAGGAGGUCAUUGGGUAUCGCGGAAAGGUAUUUCCCUCGUUUGACGCCUGCUUUGGAGAAAUUGUUUCAAGUGAAAGAACCACACUGACGUGGUUGGGCCCUUUCGCGACGAAUUCGUCAUACGCCUCCCUCUUCUCCAGUAGGCAAGGAGAGGAGUGGGCGGAGGGUGUAGUUGACUGGAUUCGUGAUAUGGCUGAGCAUCCUGCGUAGCUUGAGACUUAUCUACAACGCAUUGAAAAUAUCCCAAAGGGAUAUUAUGUUACCAAGCGAAGGUUUUUCGAUGACGUAUAGUACGGCCGAGGAAUGCGAGGGCGACAUACA